UCCCGGUCCUAUCCAUGGCGCGGUACUCGCUCCCACACUACUGACCUCACCUGGACGACAACCACCGCCAUUUCCUCGAUCGCCGCCGAUCCUUCUGAAUCGUACGUACGUGGCCAUGGCGAAAACCAUGCUGCUCCUGCUGCUCUGCGCGACGAUCGCGGCACACGCGCACGCGCAGGCGCCGACGCAGCCGGCUGCGGAGGAGACGCCGCCUGGGGCGGGCGUGAAGGUGUCGUUCCGGCCGAGCGUGGCCAUCGUGGUGGGCAUCUUCACCAUGAUCUUCUCCCUCACCUUCCUCCUCCUCAUGUACGCCAAGUUCUGCCACCCCGCCAACACGCCCCUCCUCCCCGCCACCACCACCGCCAGCCCCUCCCGCGCGCCCGCCCCCGACGCCUUGAUCGAGUCGGAGGCCAGCGCCGGCGUGGGCAAGGCGGUGAUCGAGUCGCUGCCCUUCUUCCGGUUCGCGGCGCUGCGCGGGGCGCGGCAGGGCCUGGAGUGCGCCGUGUGCCUGGCCCGCUUCGACGACGCCGACCUGCUCCGCCUGCUCCCCCGCUGCCGCCACGCCUUCCACCUCGACUGCGUCGAUCGCUGGCUGCACUCCAGCGCCAGCUGCCCGCUCUGCCGCGCCCGCGUCCACCCCGACGACGCCGACCUCGGCCUCAAGUACGCCGCCGCCAGCGCGCGCUUCGUCUUCGGAGCAGGCGACAACGCAGCCGCCGUUGGUGCCGCCCCCGCACCGUCCUCCGGCCGCGACCUCCUCGCAGGCAUCUUCGUCGAGCGCGUGCCGUCGGCGCGCUUCGGCGGCAUAGGAGACGCUGGCGCCGGUGAUGAUGCUGGUGCUGCUGAUGAGUCUAACUCUAAGCUGGACCGGCACCGGCAUCGCAUCGUGGUGUCGGACAGCGUGUUCAAGAGCCGGUGGAGCGACCUCAACUCGGCGGACCUCAUCGCGCUGGACACGGAGAUGCUGCGCUCCGUCUCCAGCGGCCGCUUCCCCUACCCCUACCCCGACGACGACAUUAUCUUCCUAGGAGACGAGCCGCCGGAGGAGCGCGGCCACCGAGACGAUCACGACGGCGCCGGCGUGUCCAUUGAGAUUGAGAGGAAGCGGCUGCUGGACGUGGAGAGCGGGAGCGGCAGCAAGGCGGCGCCCAGCCUGGUACGUGGACUUGGAGGGUGCGGCGGCUCCGACGCCGUGGAGCCAUCGUCGGUGCGCGCGGCGUCGAGGCUGGUGUCGUCGGGCGUGCGGUCUAUGUCGGAGAUCGUGCGGCUGCCUCGGGUGGCGGUAAGGACGGAGGAGGAGGAGAGGGCGCGGCAGCGGUGGGUGCCCAUCGCGCGGCGGACGGCGCGGUGGUUGGCCAGCCGGAGCAGGAGCAGGGAGGAGGACGUCAACGCCGCCGACCGCCUCCGUGUGUAAUGUAAUGUGAAGAAAAGAAACUACGGUAACGGUGGGCGCUAUCAAUCAAUCAAUGAAUCAGUGAGUGAGUCAAAGAUCAAAUCAAUCCAGUGCUAGCUCAAGGAAGGCAAGCAGAUGACAAAAAUGUUGAGAGGACGACGAGAAGAGAAGAAGAUGGUGAUCUCAUAUUGCACAUCAAGGCAUGUAUUGACUGGUUGUGUGUAUGUACAAUACAAUACAAUUGUGCAUAGGCUAGCUAGCACACAUGUACAUGCGAUGCAUGGAAUUACUAGUUACUACAAUACAAUUAUUAUACUGAA